GAUGCAUAUAUAAGCGUCCUGAAAAGACUUCAUCAGAACAUUCAGAGACUCCAAAAGCCAGCAACAUGGUUGAGUGGACAGAUUUCGAGCGCGCUACCAUCCAGGACAUCUUUUCCAAGAUCGACUACAAGUCUGUCGGUCACCAGGCCCUGUCAAGGUGUCUGGUCGUGUACCCAUGGACCCAGAGGUAUUUCGCUAGCUUUGGAAACUUGUACAACGCCGCUGCCAUCGUGGGAAAUCCCAAGGUUGCUGCCCACGGCCUGACGGUAAUGCAAGGGCUGGAGAAAGCGGCGAAGAACCUGGACAACAUUAAGGCCACUUACGCCGAGUUGAGUGUGCUGCACUCUGAACAUCUGCACGUGGAUCCCGAUAACUUCAAGCUGCUGGCUGACUGCAUUACCAUUGUAGUUGCCUCUGUCCUGGGUGCGAGCUUCACAGCUGAAGUGCAGGCAGUUCUGCAGAAGUUCCUGGCUGUCGUAGUGUCUGCACUCGGAAAACAGUACUAUUAAAUUAAAAUCGAGAGGACCAACAUUUUUUGCUUUAAAAACAAUCCUGCACUUGCUAAUGUCUAAAUAAAAUAACCAAUACUACUUUGAGAGUUGUGUGGUUGAUCAUGGCUUACUUUUUUUUUUGCCGAAACUGCAUGAAAAGUAUUUUAAUUGACAUGUUUGGUCAUUUAGAAUAGCACAUAGAAAUAGGAAUUUGAAACAAAUUAAAAUAGUUCAUUUAUUAUGCUUUUGUGUAAUUAAUAAAACAAAUUAAACACUU